UGUGGAUUAUACUUCGGAAAACAGACCAGCUUUUUUUUUACCUGUCACUAAUACAAGGCGGCAAACACCUUGAGGCCACAGUGGGUGGUAAAAGCAGGUAAACAACCGACCGUGGAAAAGGGAGUGGCCAGCAUCUAUAAAUGAAAAAGCAUGCGUGGAAUUUCAUUUAUACUCCCCAGCGCACACACACACACCACACACACUCACACACACACACAUACGGUGAGUGAGCCACGCUUCAGCAACUCUGCCAUGCCCAUGUGUCGGUGCAUUCUGCUCUGCCUGGGAACCCUCACUCUCUGCCUCGGCCUGGCUGAGUGCAGGACGCACAGGAGGCGGCAUGUGGACUCGCUCGGUCACGCUCACCCUCACGGUCACGGUCACAGGGCCCUGCGGCUGGACGCGCUCAAGGCCAGUAUCCUCAGCUACCUGGGCAUGGAUCGUCCUCCGGUGCCCAUCGCCAGAGGCUCCGCGCAGGAGAGGCAGCAGGAGCUGGACAGGAUGUUCCUGCGGUACAGGGAGAUGCUGCAGCAGCUGAGGGGGAACACUACCACCAGCACCACCACCUCCACAAGCACCACCAUCAUCCAGCAGGAGACGCAGCACACACAGCACACCAGGACAGCCUCCAUCACCGUGCGCCCAGCCUCAGUGCUGGCAGUGACCGAGCAAGAGGGUGAACCCCAUACACACCAGCAGGUCCAGUGGUACAGAGCAGUAUUCUACAGACCCUUCAUCAGAGAGGACCAGACUCUGAGAUGGGCUGCUCUCAGACUUCACAGUGCUGACCGUUACUGCUCACCCACAAAACAGAAGAUUAGGCUCAGUGUCAGCAUAUCGGAACCGGGCACUGGAGAAAGGACACCGUUUCCUAUCAUGGAAAGGACUCUUAAACGAAUACUCUGCACUAGGAAUGUGACAGUGAACAUAAGGGCAGUCAUUGAGGAGUGGAGGCUGAGGUCUGCUAAUAGCAGUUUAAUCAUGGACGUGGGUUUGUCCACGGGAGAGAGAACUGGUGUGACCGUCCCUGCGCCUAACAUGACUCUAGAGAUGGACUUAUUACUACAUGAUGGAGGGGCACACUCAAGGCGAGCACGCUCCACAAAGGACGAGAACUGCGAGGAGGACAACAAGUGUUGCCGGCGGUCGCUCAACGUGUCCUUCAAAGAGAUAGGCUGGUCCGACUGGGUCGUGGCGCCCAGCAGCUACACCAUGUACUUCUGCGACGGCUCCUGCCCCCACAACUACAAGCCGGCAAGCAUGCACACGCAGGUUAAGUCACGCAUGCAUCACAUGACGCGGGGAGCCACGCCUCGGCCGUGCUGCGUGCCGGCGGCCUACGAGCCUAUGAUCCUCAUGCACUAUGACAGUAGAGGGAAGCUGAAGCUCUCCCCAUUCAACGAUUUGAUUGUUAGCAAAUGCCACUGUGCCUAACCCCCUUUGACUGACAGAAAUGGAAGUAUUUAUUGUUGUUAUUAUUAUUAUUAUUAUGGUUAU